ACAAGACGCGUAAGUCAGGUUACGGCGAUAAACUCAAUUCCGACGAGGAUAUAUUAUGGACGCGCUGCGGGCGAUUUAACGGCAAACUACCUCGGAGAAUAUGCCAUGUCGGUCUCGGAUCCUCUCAUCAAAGAGCUGAAAGGAUGGACUCGAAAGCUGAUAGAACAUGCUAAGGAGAUCACUGAUGAAAACGAGGACUUGUGUCACUUUUGCAAAUGCUUGGAGAACUGCUUGCAAAAAGGUUUACUGCCUUGUCUCAGUAGCAUUGGAUACCUGAAGGAAUCUAGUGCAUGGCAUUGGUUAGAGCAUGUUGCUGAGAAGAAUUACAGUUCCUACAACACGUUAUCUUUAGUAGUGGAGCAAACAAAGCAGAAUCCAAAAGUGCACACAUUUACUGGACGACUUCGUCUUCUAAUAAGGAUAUGUUUAGUGCGAAAAUGUCUUCACAUGCCAGUAGAAAUAUUGACCCGGAUUCCAACUUUAGCUACCGAGUUUUACGACUUGAAGAGUAUCCUGGGAGAUGACAUUCUACGGGAGAUACUGCUGUCUGUUCUGCUGCAAUGCAGCAAAUUGAAUUUCAAAUUGAACUUGCGAAACGCGACGUUCUUGGACGAUACAUGGCAGAUGCCAAAAUGCGUAGCUCUGCAACUGGUACCUUGCAAGAACUUGGGCAUCUCUGUAUGUUUCACCAACGAGAAAGCGUUGAUCAUCAACGUCGACGAGAAGUCGGUAGCCGCCGAAGACAAUAAAGUCGAGAUAGGAGAUGUACUGGACGAGAUAAACGAAAGUAUCAUCACUGGCGACAGUAAAGGCAAGCUACGUAAGAUUAUGAGGAAGGCUAGUGGGCAACCGAUAAUGUUACAUAUCAUCAAGUGUCGUACCAAAAAGACCCGUGAACUCUACGAGCCGAUAGUUCAUCUUAUCAAAAGUUCGGGCGUCGAGAGCAUGAAGUCUUUAAUACAAAUAUCGCAACCGGACCAGGUGGAAGCCACCACAGUAAAUCAGCCGUCUACAUUAGAGAAUAAGACACUAGGUAGCGGAUUCUGCGUGAAGUACUGUGGCACCGUGUAUAUCGGUGCAGAGGGCGACGUCAAGCAAAUCGAGAAAGCCAUUUGGAGCCUAUUGAAGUCCGGAGAAGCGAAACAAGUGCCUGUGAGAUUCGAGUGUCUAGAAAUCGGGAUUAAAGUAGCACGCGAGGCAGACGAUAAGGUAAUAUGCAAGCAAAGCUACAUGGAAAUCUCGUCAUGUGGACGCACCACCAAUAUUCCAGAUUACUUCGCGUUCAUCGCAGGGGAAACGAAUUGUAACGUGGCAACAAAAUUCGACGCCUACAUCUUUCACCAUCGAAACGAGAGCGAGGUCCAACAGAUACUGCAAAGUCUGGGACAAGGAUUUCAGCGCACGCACUUUGCAGUAUAAACAAUGCAUGACGCGAAUAUAGAUUUAGAGAUGCAUACGGAAGGGAUAGAUGUUCCUACUUUUGUAUCUCCUCCGUGUGCUGCUUAUUAAUAAUAUAGUUCCCGUAUCUGUGAUCAUAAAAUUUUCCCCCAAUAAAACCAUAAAAAUUAUGGUUCACAGAAUA